UUUAAAGGAGUUGGUGGGAGAGUGCUCGCGCUGGUCACCGAAUCGAACCCGGAGCAGAUGAGCAUUCCGGAAGUGGCCCUGAGCUCCUCCUCCACCACCCGGGCGAUGCCGGUGCUGGGCAUGGGCACCGGGGGCUACCCCUUCACGGUGGACGCGAAGAAGAAGCUCGCCAUCCGCCACGCCAUCGAGCUUGGCUACCGCCACUUCGACACGGCCUCCCUUUACCAAUUCGAGCCGGCCCUCGGGGAAGCCAUCGCCGAGGCCCUGCACGUCGGCCUCAUCAACUCCCGCUCCGACCUCUUCAUCACCUCCAAGCUAUGGUGCACGGACGCUCACCCCGAUCUGGUCCUCCCCGCCAUCCGCGAGACUCUCAGGAAUCUCAAGUUGGAUUACCUUGAUCUCUACCUCAUACAUUGGCCGAUGAGCUUAAAGCCUGGAGCAUGCUCUUUUCCUAUAAAGAGCGAGGACAUUGUCCCAUUGGACUUGAAAUCAGUCUGGGGAGCCAUGGAGGAGUGCCAAAGGCUCGGGUUGGCUAAGUCGAUUGGGGUCAGCAACUUCACCCGAAAGAAAAUUGCGGAGCUACUUCAAACUGCUAAGAUACCGCCGGCUGUCAACCAGGUGGAAUUGAAUCCAGUGUGGCAGCAAAAGAAUCUGAGAGAGUUCUGCAAGGAAAAGGGUAUUCAUGUCAUCGCAUAUUCUCCUCUAGGAGGUCAGGCGUGGCCAGGGAGCAAGAACCUAGUCUUGGAAUCCGAGGUGCUCAAUGACAUAAGCAAGGCGAAAGGAAAGACUGUGGCCCAGGUAUCCUUGAGAUGGAUAUAUGAGCAAGGAGCGAGCAUGGUUGUAAAGAGCCUAAACAAGGAGAGGAUGAAGGAGAACAUGGGAAUCUUUGACUGGGAGUUAAGUGAGGAAGACCACCUAAAGAUCAGUCAAAUUCCACAAUGCAAGAGGAUCUCCACAUAUUCACUGCUCUCACCACAAGAGUCGCGCAACUCGAUUGACCUUCUUGAUGUUGACAUCGUUGAAGAUUGAAUUUUGCAUCACAGGGAAAUUUGAACCAGCAACCUCUUAAAAGAACAUCGAAUGCCAACAGGCAGUUGAUUCA